UGAGUUCUAUUUACAUCGGCGGUCGGGUCUGCUUCUGCGCUGCACUGCUACACUUUUUCUCCUCUAACACUAGAUAAUUCCACACUAUAAAAGUCUACACUAUAAAAGUUCUUAAUUCUUGUUAGCUAUGGCCGGACCUCACAAAGGACACGACUGGUCUCGUUCCAAGAAAAGCGAAGAAGACGAGGAGGAUGAGGAAGAUGAUCCCGUGGACGGUAUGCUGAAGAAAGCUGGCUGUCUGGAGUUACAUCAUGCAGUUCAGGACUGUAUGGCGGAAAACAGAGAUUGGCGAAAGUGUCAGAAAGAAGUAGCUGCCUUCAAAGAUUGCGUUUCAGGAAAAGUCGCAACUGCUACAACUAAACAGAAGGUAGAAACUACAACUAGAUAAAUCUGAGUGACACUGCUAUCAAUGCAAUCAGGAUAUUUGUGUACAAGUGAAAAACAUAGCUUCCAGAUGUAACUUUAGGAUCUCAUAACUAGCCACUUCAUGAGGGUUAAGAUUUUAAAAGUUGUAUUCAGGAAUUGUAUAUGAGGACGGAAAUGUUCUGACUCAACUUGACGAUCGCUCCAACUACAUGUACAGUUAAUUUGGACCAGUCCAAAAUUGAGUUUUACAGUUGGGGCGGUCCAAGGUCCAACUAUAGUUGGGAUCAUCUUUCACUGACUGAGUGAUAGCGACCAUUAUCAUAUGGAUGUGAUGCGUACAUUGAGUAUGCACAUUACGCGUACAUCAACAUGGUUGGCAGUAUUGAUGACUUGCGCAGUCUCUUGAAAGGUUUUCUUAGUUUUCAAACUUUGGAUCAGGUUCUGCUUUGUCUUUGGUUCCAGUCUCCUAUCUGUUUUGAUGUUUUCAUUAAAAAAAACAGGGUACAAUUUAUACUGCUCCAAAAUUGAUGCUGGAGCCUGAUCCCAGCACUCACCAGGAAGCACCCUCAUUAACAGCAACACCUGUGAAAUGUAUGCAGAGAUCCCAUGGUCUGGACCCUGGCUCUGCUGGUACGCCCUACUGCCCCAGCUGUAGUGGGACCACCCAAACUGCGACACUCAAGUUGGACUUGGUCCCAACUAUAAGCGGGGCAACUCAUAAGUUUGCACGGAACAGAUAAGCUUCACCAAUCAACAAACUUUGUCCUAAUUGACUAAACAUUUUAAACAAUGGCCGUCUUACAUCUAUGUAAAAUGUUCUGCAUACAGUUUAAUUCAUCAUGAUAUGGAAGCCUGGGACUGCUUUUAUCAUACCGACGUUUUGUUUUUGUAUCAAUAGUUGGUUUGUAUUUUUAUACAUUUGUAGUUAAAUUUUGAAUGAAUUGUACAUGUGUGUGUCAUGAACAAACAGUCUAGCGCAAGUUCUGAUCAGCAGAGUCUUGGUCGGUUCUCAGUCGUGACACACUUGUGUCCUCCAGCAAGAUACUGUGCUUAACCAUUGAGAUUGCCAUGGGAUGUAAAGUUGUUGGUCCAGCGUGUUGUGUGAUGCAUUUUAAAGGAAUCCAUUGCACUUAUUAUCAUUAAGACGAAGGGUUUGCCUCGGUAUUCUUUGCCAGGUUGAUUGCAGAUUGUACUGUACCACAGAACCUUCUCUUGUGAGCCUUACUUUCAAAAAAGUGCUAUGAAAAGCGUCUCAUAAGUCAAGCAAAUCACACCUGUAUUGUCUGCCACUGUGUGUGAAUUUUGUGGCAAAGGCCCUAUAUUGUUAUUUUGUUUAAUAAAGAAACUGCUCCACUACAUCAA